AUGGGAAAAGUAUAUAAAGAUUAUAUACAAUAAAGUCUUUCAAGAUUUUUGCAGAAUAUUUUUGAUUGGGGUAUUUGUUAAUUAAAAUAUAAAAUUGAGGUGUAGUUUAAUUGAGAUUUUUCAAAGUUUGUAACUAGACAGUAUGACACAACUUAUAAAAAGAGAUAUUUUGCAAUUAGUGCGGCAUGCACCUCUAUUGCAAUUUCAACGUUUUCGAGGUAAAAUAAAUAUACAAAGGCCGCGUAAACCGCAUUAUGACAGAGCCUUAGUGGCAGCUGUAACUCAACCUCAAUAUCCGAAGCCGAACAAGACAAACACCUGUUUUGAGAAACGCUAUACCAAUGCUCAAAUAGAUAAUCCUUAUAAUGACAUUAUAGCUCGAGAAGUACGUAAUUGGUUCGAUCAUUCAAGUAUGGUGGGCAUUUUCCAUCUAAAUUCAAUGAAGGCGGAGGAUUUCUUUGAUGUCCGUGUCCAGUUGCAUAAACAAGGAAUGCAUCUCAAAAGCUACGGACAGAAAAUCAUUAAUAAAGCAAUUAAAGAUUCCCGUUAUGAAGCCAUUCUUCCACUCUUCGAUUCUAGUCAUUGUAUAGUAUUCGCCCCGCAUCAAAAGGUUGGUUUGUUGCUACGGACUACGCGGAAAGUACCUCAAAUGGUGCUAUUGGCCGGUAUGGUCGAUAAUACCUUGCUGAGUCGUAAAGACUUUAUCGCAUACGCUCAACUCCCUGGCAUACAAGCAGCGCAAGCUGAACUAGUCAACACGUUAAAUAUAUCCGCCCGUUCCGUGGUACAAAAUCUUGAAACACACCAAAACAACUUUGUUAAUAUUUUGGAACAUUAUGCAAAAUGUGACGAAAACAAGAAGUAAAGCAUUUUUUCAUUUUUUAAUAGUCACAUGGACUAGAAAAUAAAUUCUCGCGCUGUCAACUUCAGUGAAGUAGGAUAAUUUUUUUUUUGUUAAAAUCACAUAAAUUAAGGCUAAAAUUCCGUGUUAUGUAUAUAAAAAACUUAUUAUACCAGUUUUAUAUUUA